AUGUUUAUUGCUUAAUGUUUAUUCUAUAUAUAGUUUCUGUGAUAUUUGUAGUGCCAAGAUUACGAGUUGUAGCAAAUGUGAUAUAUAAUUGGACAUAGCUGUAUGACACAUUUUCCGAAGUCACUGAAAUCGCACAUCAUUAUGGUUCUACGCACUAAAAGCUUAUUUCUGUAAAAUGUUAAAUGAGUUGGAGUGCGCAUGGUUGGCCCUUUUUGGUGAAUGUAUUGUUCCAGAGUUACGCCAUAAUGAACACAUUUUGAAUUCAUCUAUCGCAUCUGAAUUCUCAUCGUUAGAUCGGGAUGACAGUAUAUCGAAACCUGAAGAAGCGAAAUUAUACAGUUUGAAAAAGGUUUUACAAGUUAUUUUAGACAACCCGGACACCGAGCUUACAGAGGUCGGUGUAGAAGCAGUGUUCAAAGCACGGGAGGAACUUGUCAAUCUUUUUAAAAAUGUUGCUCAAUCGGAGGGAUUCAGUGAGACACUAAAAGAUGCCAUUAAGUUGGUUAUAGUAGAUGCAUUGAAUCGCAAGGUCAAAGAACGUAACCCAGAUUACACCAUACCGGACGUGGAUGUCAGCAACGUUAAUGCAGCAAAAGGAUAUUUUGAAAAAUCAGCUGAUAUUAAGGAUAUUUUAAGAGAGAUUAAAAAGGUAGACCACUACAUAAACGCCACUCAAAUGGAGAUUCAGCAGAUGAAAAGUAACCUACAAACGGUAAAUGGGUAUAUAACUGCUCUCCAAGAUAAAGAAGGCUCAUAAUUUGCAAGUUUUUUUGCAUAAUCCACAUACCGCUGUAAUUCAAACACACUUACAAUUUCUCUAUAAUAUUUAGCA